UCCACUGUAUGUAUCGGACGCUACUUGCCGACGGAAUUCAACCGCACGCCGAAAAAGCCGACGAGGAAGGCUCUGCGCGGGGAAGCACGGAGUAGGUUGACAUGUUUGACGGUCUAUACUUACCUAAAGCAGUGGAGCAAUCAUACCCAUGAAGCAGACCUUGGUAAUUGCUCGCGAUGGACGCUGGCAGUCCCGUUGGAGACCCAAGGUACUCUGUGCCAUAUGCUACUCAUCAAUGCGUCCUCGAAGCCAAUCCUCGUUUUGUGUCCUAAAGACCGAGCAAUGCAAAGUUGACGGAUAAGUGCCGCGAGCCACGACCGCGCAAAAUCAUAGCACAGCAACGUCUAAUAACACCAGAUCACUGCCCGCUAAUAUGAGUUCCAAAAUACUUUCCAGAGGCGUGUACAGGCAUCUCAAGAGACCUUCUACGAUACAGUCAAGUUCACCUACACUCAGACCAGCAUUUUCGAUACCAUUCUCGAGCACCCAGUACCGCCAGGCCCGCGGCACAGAAUACCUACAGCUCCAUGAUCCAGACCUAACAGACUCACAGCGCGAAGUGCGCGAAGCCAUCAGCAAAGUCUGCUCCCGAUUCGACGACACAUACUGGUCCAACGCGGAAAAGAAGCACCGCUUCCCCCUCGAAUUCCACCAAGCCGUCGCCAAAGAUGGAUGGCUGGGAAUAUGCAUGCCGUCCGAUUACGGCGGCAGUGAUUUGGGAAUCGCAGAAGCGGCAGUCAUGGUUCAAACGAUCGCAGAAAGCGGAGCAGCCUACGCCGGUGCCUCAGCCGUGCACAUGAAUAUCUUCGGUCUUGAACCUGUGCGUAAGUUUGGAAGUGAGGAGCAGAAGCAAAGAAUGCUAGUACCGCUGAUUGCGGGCAAAGAGCGCGCAUGCUUUGGCGUGACGGAGCCCAACACGGGUCUCGACACGCUGAAAUUGCAGUCACGGGCUGUCAGGGAUGGCGACCAUUACGUCUUGAGUGGUCAGAAAAUCUGGAUUUCGACGGCACAAGUCGCGGAGAAGAUUUUAAUACUUGUCCGGACGACGCCGCUGGAGAACGUCAGCAAGCCUAGUCAGGGAUUGAGUCUGUUUUAUACAGACUUGGACAGAAAACAAGUUGAAGUCACGGAGAUCCCGAAGAUGGGACGAGAAGCGGUCGACUCGAAUACGCUAUUCUUCGAUGGGUGGAAAGUACCCAAGGAAGAUCUCAUUGGCGAAGAGAACAACGGGUUCAAAAUGAUCAUGCAUGGGAUGAAUGCUGAGAGGAUACUUAUCGCUGCUGAGGCGCUGGGCAUUGGAUUCGCCGCGUUACGCCGGGCAGCUCUGUAUGCUGGAGAGCGAAAGGUGUUUGGACGGCCGAUUGGGAAGAAUCAGGCUAUCCAGCAUCCUUUGGCGGAUAGUUGGAUGCAGCUUGAGGCGGCGCGAUUGAUGAUAUACCAGGCUGCGAGGAUGUAUGAUGCUGGAUAUGAGACGGGCGAGUAUGCCAAUGCCGCGAAGUAUUUGGCUGCUGAGGCGGCUUUUCGGGCCUGUGAACGUGCGGUCAUGACGCAUGGUGGGAUGGGGUAUGCGAAGGAGUAUCACGUUGAGAGAUACUUCAGGGAGAUUAUGAUUCCGAGGAUUGCCCCCGUUUCUCGAGAAAUGAUUGCCAAUUACAUAGGUGAGAGGGUUCUUGGGUUGCCCAGGUCUUAUUGAGUGUUGGGAACACGUAUGUGUAGGUGUUGGGAAAGGCUGAGGUAUCCGAUAGGGAAUGAAGAGUGUCUUGGAGCCCCCGUUUCUGAGGUGGACCAGUCCGAGGUCAUUGACAGUCAAUGCUGUAGACUGAUGGUUCCUGUUCACGAGAUUCCGUGCGGCUGUGGCUUCGGAUCAAGACAUGGCGCGAACACGAUACCGAAUGUGGGCGAAUGACGCGCAUCAAGACUCUGCCGACGAGGCUUUGCAGCAACGUGGAGGAUACUCAGAUAGGUAGAGAGGAUACUCAGAUAGGUAGAGAGAAUACCAGAAGGUACUGGUCGUG